CACGACGGCCACUCUCCCCCUGCCAUCCAACUUCGUCCAGGCUCCAGCAUUCAUACUCAAAUCUGAUCCAAGUCCCCUUCGAGGGCGUCACACGUCAAGAUGCCUCAGAAUGAGUAUAUGGAGCGGCACACCAAGCUGCAUGGUCGCCGCCUGGACCAUGAAGAGCGCACCCGCAAGCGCGCCGCCCGCGAGGGCCACGAGGCGUCCGAGAAAGCCCAGAACCUCCGCGGCCUGCGCGCCAAGCUGCACGCUCAGAAGCGACACAAGGAGAAGAUCCAGAUGCGCAAGCAGAUCAAGGCCCACGAGGAGCGCAACGUCAAGUCCGCCGCCCCAGACAACGACCCUGCCAACCCCGUCCCCGCCUAUCUGCUCGACCGGAACAAUCCCACCUCUGCCAAGGCGCUGAGCUCGUCUAUCAAGAACAAGCGGUCCGAGAAGGCUGCGCGAUUUGCGGUGCCGUUGCCCAAGGUGCGCGGUAUUUCUGAGGAGGAGAUGUUCAAGGUUGUGAGCACGGGAAAGAAGACGCAGAAGAAGGGCUGGAAGCGCAUGGUGACGAAGCCGACUUUUGUUGGACCCGACUUCACGCGGAGGCCAGUCAAGUACGAGCGCUUCAUCCGGCCUAUGGGUUUGAGAUACAAGAAGGCGAACGUAACCCAUCCCGAGCUUGGAGUCACGGUGCAGCUGCCUAUCAUCUCCGUCAAGAAGAACCCCCAAAACCCUCUUUACACACAACUUGGUGUCCUGAGCAAGGGCACCGUUCUGGAGGUUAAUGUGUCCGAGCUGGGUCUCACGACCACGUCAGGAAAGGUCGUGUGGGGAAGGUACGCCCAGGUCACCAACAACCCCGAAAACGAUGGGUGCGUCAACGCCGUUCUCCUCGUCUAAUACCCUAUCUACUACUAUCCUCGAGGUUGGAGAGCAGCGAAGACAAGAAAGAAGAGUGCAUCACUGGGCGUUUGGAGUUUGCAGAUCCAGAACUCAUAAAAUUAGGGCCUGGAAGAAAUGGAAAUACUUGUCAAUUCAACUGUUAUGUUUUUGCCUAGGCCCAGUAUCUAGACUUGUCACAUCCAGCCACCACUUUUGCAUCGGCCUAUUGCCGGCCCACUCUGCCGUCUUGCCGAUCCUGAUACUUCUAGCCAGCCUUGUCAUUGGCAAUCACUUCAACGGAUACAGCCUCGCUACUCGUCUCCUCAGACGCGCCCACAUCAUUCUCUGGCGCGGGUUCCAAAGCCUUUUUCUGUCU